AUGGAAAAGGCGCAGCAGCAGCUCGAGGCCAAGAAGGCCGAGCGCCGCAAGGCGAACGGCGGCGGUUUUGCGCGCUACUUUGGCUUUGGCGGUGAGGCCAAGCCGUCCGACACUCCCCCUACCACGCGCGCGUGGUACAACCUGAUCCGCAUGGCGAAGGAAUACCCGCUGCAAGGCGACCCGGCGGAUGCCGACGAAAGCUGGUGGUCGGAGGCCAAGUCGCACCUCUUUGGCAAAGAAAAGGGCGGCCAGUCGCUGCUCAAGAAUCUCGAGUCGGGCUGGACGGGAUCGCGUGUGUGGGGGCUCAGUGCCUCGGAAGAGAAGAAGACUCGGACUUUGCAGAAUACCCAAAUUUCCUCGGACAAGAAAGAUCCGUUCGAGGUGGAUCACGCAGCGCGUGCUCGUCAGCGCCACUUUGAAUGGGAAGGAUUCUUGGCCUAUGCUGAAUUCCAGGAACGCGAGCUCUACCGCCUCUUCAAGGAGCUGGACACUGACUACGACGGCGUGUUGGAUGCCAGUGAUAUCAGUGCUGGUUUCAGCCGCGCGGGUAUCCACCCGAGCCAGCUUGUCCUGGAAGACUUUAUUGCUAGCCUGGCCUCGUCGGGCGUAACGGACGUGUCCGAGCUGCGCAAGGGAGACUUGUACAUCACCUUCCCCGAGUUCCGCGACUACUUGCUGCUGAUGCCCCGCAAGCCGACCAUGUCGGAAAUUUUCCGCUUCUACCAAGUGCGCAAGGCCGUUGGUUUGUUUGGCAACGAAGGUAUCUUUGCCGAGCUCGGCGCUGGCUGGGGAAAGACGAAGCGCGGUGCCUCGGCAGUCACCCCCGAUGGUGACGUGAGUCUCGCAGGCGAGGAGCAGCUGCCAGGCAAGGAGAGUAAGUCGACGCCUAAGGACGCCAAGGACAGUGUCACGGUGCAGACCACUGGUAAGACGGCCGAUACGGACGCCGAGAAGAAGGCGCUCUCCAAGACGCUAGAGGACGAAGACGAGGACGAAGGCAAGGACGUGAUCCAGAGCCACCUUGCGAUGAAGUUCCUGCUCGCAGGUGGUAUUGCUGGUGCUGUGAGCCGUACGGCGACUGCGCCGCUGGACCGUCUCAAGAUUUUCCUGAUCACUUCGCAAGAGACGCUGGGACCCCAUGCGCCGAAAUCAGCGAGUGUGGGAUUCGGCGCGUUGGCCAAGGCCAUUGCGGACAUUUACCGUGAAGGCGGUAUCCGUGGAUUCUGGCUGGGCAAUGGUCUGAACUGUAUCAAGAUCUUCCCCGAGUCGGCCAUCAAGUUUUUCAGCUACGAGAUGUCGAAGCGCAUGUUUGCCAAGUAUGUGGACAAUGUGUCCGACUCGCGUGACAUCAGCGGCUUUAGCCGCUUCAUGAGCGGUGGCAUCGGUGGUAUUGCUAGCCAGCUUUCGAUUUAUCCGAUCGAGACGCUCAAGACGCGCCUCAUGUCGAGCCAAACGCCUACGAGUACCAUUCGUGGUAUGGCGCUUUUGGGUGAGACAGCGCGAACCAUGUAUACCCAAGGCGGUAUCCGUGCCUACUACCGUGGUCUCGGAGCGGGCCUUGUCGGCGUUUUCCCCUACUCUGCUAUCGACAUGUCGACGUUUGAGGGAAUCAAGUUGUUCUAUUUGAAAUACACGGGGAAGGAAGACCCCGGUGUUUUUGCACUGCUGGCUUUUGGCAGUAUUUCGGGCAGUGUGGGUGCUACGACUGUCUACCCUCUGAAUCUGAUCCGAACGCGUCUUCAGGCCUCCGGCACGCCCGCGCACCCAACCUUGUACAAGAGCUUUUUUGAUGCUGCAUUCCAGACCUACCAAAAAGAAGGCUUCCUCGGAUUCUACCGUGGCCUCAUCCCCUCCCUUGCCAAAGUCGUCCCUGCGGUGUCGAUCAGCUAUGUGGUUUACGAGCAGUCCAAGCGCCGUUUGGGAAUGGCUGUCGCCAACAAUGGUGGCAAGGCGGCCCUCGAAUUCAAGAAGAAGGUCAUGCUCGAGCUCGAGCGCGACCCUACCUUCUUCAACGAUGACUUCUACGACCUGUCCAAGGAUGAGCUCCGUGAGCGCACCUUCAUCAAGAUGCAGAGCAUCCUGAACUGGUUCACCAACGAGAACCUGGACGACUUCCAGGCCCGUCUCGCUGUGAUCAGUGUUGCGGACCCUGGUUUCUGGACUCGUUUCGGUGUGCACCUGGGUCUCUUCUCGAACGCUGUGCGCUCCGGUGCGACCUCGGGCCAGUUCGCCUACUGGAUGUCGAAGGGUAUGCUUAGCCUGCGCAACUUCUACGGUUGCUUCGGUAUGACCGAGCUUGCCCACGGCUCGAACGUCGCUGGUCUCGAGACCACCGCUACCCUUGACGAGAACACCGACGAGUUCGUCAUCCACACCCCCAACCUCGGUGCCACGAAGUGGUGGAUUGGUGGUGCUGCCCACUCGGCCACCCACUGUGCCGUCUUUGCCCAGCUGAUUGUCAAGGGCAAGCGCUACGGUACCAAGACCUUUGUCGUGCCCCUGCGUGACCCCCAGACCUUCAAGUGCCUGCCCGGUGUGAACAUCGGUGACAUUGGUAAGAAGAUGGGCCGUGACGGUAUCGACAACGGUUACAUCCAGUUCACCUAUGUGCGCAUUCCCCGUGCCUUUAUGCUCAUGCGCUACUCGCAGGUGACUCGCGACGGCCAGGUCUUUGAGCCUCCGCUGCAGCAGCUCACCUACGGUGCUCUGCUCCAGGGCCGUACCCUGAUGAUGAACGACUCGGGCAACAUCGCCAAGAAGGCGCUCACCAUCUCGGUGCGCUACGCCGCUGUCCGCCGCCAGUUCAAGUCGGACCCCAAGAACGAGUACGAGACCCAGCUGCUGGACUACCCCAUCCACCAGCGUCGUCUGAUGCCCCUGCUUGCCCAGGCCGUUGCCUUUGGCUUCACCUCGCAGGAGCUCAUCCGCAUGCUCGCUGUCACGAACCAGGCCCUGGAUGCCCUGGAGCCCGGAGACCCCAAGCUUGAGGAGACCAUGGAGCUCCUCAAGUCGACCCACGCGACUUCGUCGGGUCUCAAGGCUUUCUGCACCUGGGCCACUCUCCAGACCAUUGAGACCUGUCGCCAGGCCUGCGGUGGUCACGGCUACUCGUCGUACACUGGUCUUGCUCCCCUCUACAACGACUUCGCGGUGCACUGCACCUGGGAGGGUGACAACACCAUUCUUGCCCUGCAGUCUGGUCGUGCGCUGAUCAGCGCCUACCUCGAGGCCAAGGCCGGCAAGACCCAGGGUGACGCCCUGAAGUACCUCAACAACCUGGACGAGGUGCUGAAGGCCAAGUGCUCGUCGAACGAGGAGCUGAACACCUUUGACGGUAUCGAGAACGGUUUCAACACGGCCACUGCUCACUUUGUCAAGCUCGCUGCUGAGGAAUACGACAACCUGAUCAAGUCGGGUGUCACGCGUGAGCAGGCCUUUGAACAGUGCUCGCAGAUCCGCUUCGUCGCCGCGAGCAUUCAUACCUCCCUGUUCGUCUUCCGCCAGUUCCGCCACGCUGUGGAGCACCAGAAGGACGAGGGCGACGGUGUCAAGGAGACCCUCGCCACGCUGGCUCUCUUCUAUGGUCUGUGGCAGAUCGAGGAGAAGGGUGCGCUCUUCCUGCGUUCGGGCUGGCUGUCGCCUGAGCAGUUCGACUUCCUGACGAAGCGCGUGACGGAGCUCUGCGCCGAGACCCGCAAGUUUGCCAUUCCCCUGAUUGACUCGUUCACGUACACCGACCACGUCAUCAACUCGCCCCUGGGUCGCUUCGACGGCAACGUGUACAAGGAGUACUUCUCCAUGGUGCAGCGGAAUAACCCUCAGCUCAAGCCUCACCCCUACUUCGAGCGCCUGAUCAAGCCCCUCCUCAACCGCCCCAACGUCGAGAUGGAGGACCUGGACGAGGAGAUCGGUCUCGAUGACGAGAUUGACGAGAUCCAGUCCGAGCGCAAGGAGGCCGAGGAGGCCGCGAAGAAGUAG